CAUGGAUUCGACUCGCAUUCAUGCUUCUCGAAUUGAGCUCCAAAGUAGGCUUUACAAACACGUUCCCAGACUUGGCCAUUUUCAGCCAUUUUCCCAGUUUUGGCAUAGCCUUUUGAUCAAGUUCAAAAAUGGUCUUCUAGACUUCCUAUCGAGCUCCCAAGCACUUCAAUGUGUAGGGGGACUCUCCAGCUUCAAAACAAGCCAUUAAUCUCCAAUUUCCAUCGAGCCAAUUGUAAGAUAUGAAUCUCCUAUGUAGGCACCAUGAAACUGUUUUUACAUUGAAACAACAGAUUAGGUCGACCUAAUCCUAAAUGAGGUCGACCUAAUCCUAUAUGAGGUCGACCUGAUCGUAAAUGAGGUCGACCUAAUCCUAAGUGAGGUCAACCGACAAGUGCAAGUCACCGUGAUAUGCAAGUCACCGUAGGCGCACCCAUAUAUUUAUCAACAAAGUUUUUAAUAUUUCUCGAACCACUCUAAUUUUUUAUUAUUAAGGAUAAACAUGGUAUUUAAUAUAAAAUUAAAAUUUGUAUUUUAAUUGAAUGUAACAAUCACAGUUACCAAACAAUAAACUUUUUAAAAUAUGUUUUCAACUAUCCGAAGAGUUAGAAUCUUUAGAUUGUUGACAAUUUGUAGAUUUAAACUCAUAUUCUCCAAACGACCCCUCUAUUGUUUUAGGGCUUCCACAUCUUCAAUGCAAUUGCAAAACAAUUGUAAAAAGUAAUUAUAUUUGUACGAUCUUUAUUGUCACCUCAAAAAAUUUCAAUUUAAAUCACAUUGCUUUCAUUCACCUACAUCAAUGCAAUUAAUUUGUAAUUAUAAUAGAUUUUUAAUAAAAUUUUAUAAACAUGAAAAACUUUAAUAAUAAAUAAUUUAGUAAUAAAAAGAUGAUGUGGCUUGCGCCCAUAAUCGCAUAUAUGAAGUUUUUUUUCCACCUCAAUAUUUUUGCAAUCCAACUCAUUAGAAUAUCAUUGCACCUACAUCAAUGCAAUCCACUAGCAACUGCAUAUGUAAUAAAAUAUUAUGUUUAAAUUAUAAAAAAUAAGUAAAAGGGACAAGAAAAUAAUAAAUAAUAAAAAAUCUCCAUUUUUUACUUGCAUAUGCAAUUGCAUUUGUUCCAACCUUGUAAAUUAAAUUUUAUAAACAAUCAAAACUAUAAUUUCACAUCUCUAAUCAAAAUCCACAUUUAUAAACAAUAAAAAUAUUUAGCUUAAAUCCCUCACAAAUUACUCAAGCAAAUCCUCGUCCAAAAUUAUGGGGGAAAAAACUUCGUCCAAACAAAUCGGGUGAGAGCACUAAUUGCCAAGUAGGUCGGCCAACCCACAAUUUCCCGUCACGUAGGCCCAGAAGAUGAGAAAUUCUUGGGCACACCCGGUGCAUCACCUAAGUUGUGCACCGCCCCUAUUAAAACUUGCCACAUUUAGUCUAUUUAAAUACGGAUUAAUUACAUGAUUGGUCAUUGAGAUUACAAAAAAAAAAUUCAAGUUUAGACACUCUAAAUAUUUAAAUCCAAACUUGAAUUUUUUUUGUACUCUAAUCACGAGGCUUUACCAAAGCUGAGGUCCGCUUCCGAGCUUCUUUGAAUUGACCGAAUCUGAAUGAGAGCCCGGAGGAUGUGAGUGUUUUGAUCCGUCAUCCGAGUCUCACGCCUUCAAUGACCAAUCAUGUAAUUAAUCCGUAUUUAAAUAGACUAAAUGUGGCAAGUUUUAAUAGGGACACUCUAAAUAUUUAAAAUCCAACCAAUCUCCUUCGUCUGAAAAAAAUGACUUUCUCUCAAACGGCUCUUUUCUCUGUACCCUCUGGGGUACUGUUUCCCGUCUCCUCGUUUGAGACUUUUCUUGCUCCUGUGGAGAGAUCUCUGGAGGCUAUUAGCAGUAGGGAGAGUCUCCUCUCCUACUCUGAUACACAUCACUUCGCAUAUAAUGUUUACAAAGGGGAAGAAGGAAGCAAGGAGGACCAUGGAUUCAAGAAACCAAAGGCCAAGAUGGGGGUCAGUAGAAACAGGAAGAAAAGGAAGAAAAAGGAGAUUCAAUGGGUUCCUCCUGAUGUGAAAGAAAGUACCCAGUGCAGAGUAAUGGAAGAGAGCUGGAACAUGAGAAGGGUAAAUGUUAUAGCAGAAGAAGAUUUGGCGGUUGGUAUGAAUCUGCCAGUGCCAAACAUUGAGCCAAGAGCAGGAAUAAAUAUAGAGGCAGAAAGCGUACCUUUGCCUAGUAGCUUCAGUAAAGAUGAUGGAACAUAUGAAAAGAGGGAUAGCUACCAAAGAUCGGUGGGAGUAAAUGCUCUGGCUUUAAGAGGUAUUGUGUAUAAGAAGGAAGGAAGGAGAGAAGCCAAACUCACACAUCAAAGAGCUGCUGGAAAAUACUUCUUUCAUCCCUCGCCUAACCUGCUUCUUCCCAGCAACGCCCCAAAACAUAGCUUUUCCUCACAUCUAUCGCCUUCUAUACCUGAACCAAAAAGCCUCCCAAAGCAGAGCCCUAUCUCUCACAUUUCAACCCUGCGAACCCACAAAAAAACCCAAAAUCAGAAGUCACUCUCUCUUUCCCCGCUUGCUCUGCCGUUUCCCAAAUUUCUAACAAAACAUAGCCUCCACCGAAAUAACAAGAACCCUAUCGAUAUGGAUAUCAACACUCUUGCUGAGAGAACCGGUCGAUUGAACACGGAGCGUGGCAACCCCUCAUCAUCUGGAGGCAAAGGGGACCGUCCCAAGCUCACUUCCAAUGCUGGUAGGGGUAUCUCAAUGCUGUUGGGGAAGAUGUUAACUGAGAACAAAGUUGCCUUGGCAAAGGCAGCAGGGGCUGCAAGGUAAGCCUGGGGGAAGUAUGGCGAAAUUGGAGUUCAGCCAACCCAAUCUCAGAACCUUUUCAUCUUCACCUUCAAGGAUGCCAAAACACGAUAAAGGAUAUGGAGCGAAAGACCCUGGAGUCUCUCCAAUACAAUGACAGCAUUGGAGAAGUAUGAAGGAAGAGGAGAACCCGAAGCUGUCCCAAUGAAUAAACUGGCAGUUU